CUGGGACAGUGAGAUUGUCAUAAACCAAAUUAUUCGCAACUGUUUUCUACAUCAAUAGUUUGUCAAGUUUAACAGUGACUAACCAUCGGUAACGUGAAGUAAGCUGGAAAUCCCUGGAUAAGUGAAUGGACGAAGUGCGAGAAGAGACGGAGUGAUGCUUUGCGAAUUUAUCCAGAAUGAGGAAUUAAAUGAUCUACUGCGCCAAAGGUUUGACAAGAUGGUAUGGACUUCUAUAUCGUAAAUGAAAAAGCUCUUCCAAACUGAUACAUGGUAAAAAUGGAGUCAUGGACAUUACUCCCUGCUUCCCCAAACCGUUCCUUUCUUGAGCCCCUUCUGUAUGACAGCUUCUUUCCAUUCAAUGAGUCUGACUCAGAUGAUUAUCCUCGAAACAUCUCUCAUGAUGCCUUUGAUCAGACAAGCUCUGUGGUUAUUACCUUUGUGUACUUUGUGGUGUGUGCUGUUGGACUCUGUGGCAAUGCACUGGUCAUGUAUGUAAUCCUUCGGUAUGCUAAGAUGAAGACUGUCACCAACAUCUAUAUCCUUAAUCUGGCUGUUGCUGAUGUCCUGUGCAUGCUUAGCUUGCCCUUUAUUGCAAUUCAGCUAGCAUUGAUUCACUGGCCUUUUGGUGCUGCCAUUUGCCGAAUUGUCCUAACCAUGGACUCGUUAAACCAGUUCACCAGCAUUUUCUUCCUGACUGUGAUGAGCAUUGACCGGUAUCUUGCAGUGGUACAUCCAAUCAAGUCCACUAAAUGGCGCAAGCCACGAGUAGCCAAAACUAUCAGCCUUGCAAUGUGGGGGGUAUCACUGCUGGUUAAUUUGCCCAUUAUGAUUUUCAGUGGUCUGAACACUAAUAAGAAUGAAGCACGGACGUGUACUAUGCUGUGGCCAGAACCUCAAAAUACCUACGAAACUGCAUUCAUCUUCUGUACAUUUCUCUUGGGCUUCUUUCUGCCGCUUAUUGUUAUUUGCCUGUGCUACCUGCUCAUUGUGAUCAAGGUGAAGUCCUCAGGUGUGAGGGUUUGCUCCAGCAAGCGAAAGCGCUCUGAGCGCAAAGUGACCCGCAUGGUAUCCAUUGUGGUGGUUGUGUUUGUGCUCUGCUGGCUACCAUUCUACAUGUUUAAUGUAGCAUCUGUAACUGGCACACUCAUCCCUACACCAGUGCUGAAAAGCACCUUUGAUUUCGUCGUGGUACUGGGAUACGCCAACAGCUGUGCCAACCCCAUUCUCUAUGCAUUUUUGUCGGAUAAUUUCAAGAAGAGUUUCCAAAAUGUUCUGUGCCUCAGGAGAGUGGGCGGCCUGGAUGAAAUUGAACAUAGUGACAGCCGGCAGGACAGGACACGGAUGGUCAAUGACAUCAUCACAGAGACUCAAAAUGCUGCCCUGCUUAAUGGUGAUCUGCAGACAAGCAUCUAGGAAUGGUCAGGAGAUCUGGAGUUACACCCAAAUGAUAACCAUGACUACUAUAAAGGAUAGAAGAUCACAAUACUUCAGUCUCAGAAAUUUCACCGCACUUGAUUUCGAGAGACCCAGUAAAAUGUACAGGAAUGGUUAACCCAUAAGUAACAUGUUUAAAUCUGUUCAAAUGCCCAAAAUUCAUUUACAAUAUUGACUAUGAAGAGGGAUGAUAUUCAGUUUGAAAAGGACUACUACUCUUUUUCUGAACAUAUUUGUGAUUUUGAUGAGACCUGAAUGUUCUAGGUCUCAGAGAAGUGACUAGUUUAGGUUGUGAGACUGAUUUUUAAAUUACAAUCAUGAAGAUACAUUUAGAAUGCCACUCAACCACUGUAGAUAACCACAUUUGUAUGUAUUGUGUUUCUGUGCAAAACAUCCAUAACUGUUACUGUUUAUUCAUAUCUAUUGCUGAAAAAAGGUCAUUAUUCUCAUAAGGUAACCAGAAAUUAGCUUUAAAUGGGCACAAUUUUGGCUGACAAAAACUCUUAGUUAUGAUGUUAAUACUUCACGA